UCCAGCACUCUUGUACCUGCGUCACUUUAGGACUCAUGACUAUCCCACAGAUCAGACAGCACUGAUCAGAGGAUACCCACUCUGUAGAGACAAGGACCUUAGAUGACUACACUGUGCUUGAGGAGGAGCCUGAUUUAAAAUCUGCAGGAUUGUGAGCUCCCUGCACCUGGUGUCUGUGUGUGAGAGAUGAUGAGGGGGGACCUGCUGCUGCAGAAUGUGACUGCCGAGCAACAGAGAACACAAUCGUCAGAGAAGAAGCUGUUUGCCUUCUGGGUCUCUCUUUCUCAGCGCACCAGAAUGCUCUUUAGACUUGGACAACGCAGUGGCUUCCACAGGAGUCCGUCUGUAGCGGGGCUGCUAAGGAGUGAAGUGUGAGAGAGAGAGACAGAGUGUGUGUGUGUGUGUGAGAGAGAGAGAGAGCUUUAUUUUUAAGUUUAGACCUGUGUAUUUGUAUGCGUAGAGAUGACCCCUCCAGAUCAAGACCAAAUCUGCCCUUCAAAUACAAUGACAUUGAAACAGGGAGUGAUGGAAAAUGGCUGAGCACCAGGACAGUAAUAAAUAAAAUAAAAAAGAGUAAAGGACAAGGCAUCAACAAGUGGAUCUCAUCUCAUCUUCAGCUUGUAGAUUGCUUUCUUUUGAAAAUAUAUUUGUUUUGAGGUCCUCAGUGAUCUUGCUGAUCAUUGAAAAUAUGCCACCAGCAAAAGACAAUGUUUCUUUCUCCUGUUAUGACACCACAGCGCUCCAUGUUUCAUUCGUCUAGAAUCUUAUCUCCUAAAGCUUGGAUUGAAUUGAAGGACACAGUAUUAUGCAAUAUAUACUCUGUGUCAGCCUCGGGAGAAGCUGUGUCUCGGAAUUUAUAAUGGUUUUUGUGCACCUGGAGCUGGACUUGACAUUUAUAGGACAGAAGCUGCGAGGGUUCCCCUGUAAGCUGACAUGUUCAGCCAGUGGCUGCCUUCCAGAGAGUUCCACACGUAUCACUGCUCAUGUACUGCUGCUGUACCGUCGGGCUGCAGGAAUGAUCAUGAAUACAGUACAACACUGGGAAAUGCUUCAAGAAAUCUCUGAAGUGUUUAUCUUGGUUCCUGCACUAGUGGGCUUAAAGGGAAAUCUGGAGAUGACGUUAGCAUCCAGACUAUCCACAGCAGCCAACACCGGCCAGCUAGACAGUCCCAGGCAAUGGACAUUGAUGGUGUACACCAAUCUAGCUUUAGUCCAGGUGCAGGCCACAGUGGUGGGUUUUCUGGCCACGCUGGCUGCAAUAGGUUUGGGGGGCCUGAUUAAGGGCAGUAUAGACCUUCAUCAGGCUGCUGUACUGUCUGCUAGCAGUGUGACCACAGCCUUCAUCUCUGCGCUCACUCUGGGGUUGCUGAUGGUGGGGGUGAUCGUUGGAUCUCGAAAGAUGGGCAUUAACCCUGAUAAUGUUGCAACCCCCAUAGCUGCUAGCCUUGGUGACCUCAUCACCCUCUCACUGCUGGCAGGGUUCGGCAGCUUCUUCUUCCAGUUUAGAGAGAAGUGGUAUUUACUUCUCCUGAUAUGCACUGUGUUCCUCUUGCUCAUCCCUGUCUGGGUGAUCAUGGCUUGCCGCAGUCCACCAAUCAGAGAGGUUCUGAAGUCAGGCUGGCAACCUGUUAUCAUUGCUAUGCUAAUCAGCAGUGCAGGAGGAUUGAUUCUGGAUAAGACUGUAAGUGACCCUCGGUUUGAAGGCAUGGCUGUCUUCACACCCAUCAUUAAUGGUGUAGGUGGAAACCUGGUGGGCAUUCAGGCUAGCCGAAUCUCCACCUACCUGCACUGCAUCAGUGUUCCUGGAAUCACAUCCCAACACAUUAAAACACACUGCCCUCAUCCUGGCAUGACUUUCUGCAACCCAGCAGUGAACUCAAGAUCUGCUAGAGUUCUUUUGCUGCUGGUGGUUCCAGGUCACCUGCUCUUCCUUUACACAGUCCAGCUGCUCCAGGGUGGACACACUGCCAUGACGGCUGCUUUCGUCUGCUGCUACCUUUGUGCUGCACUACUGCAGGUAAUAAUACUGUUGUACAUGGCAGAUGUGUUGGUGUGGCUGAUCUGGCGACAUGGACUGGACCCUGAUAAUUACUCCAUCCCCUACCUGACUGCACUGGGGGAUCUGCUGGGCACCAGUCUUCUCGCCCUCACUUUCAGAGUAAUCUGAGAUCAGAUCAGUUCCCUGGUUCUAUGAUAUGUUUAAGUAGAAAUUUCUAGGUGCUUCCCCUAAAUACACCUAGAUGAGUACAAAUGGCACAUGGCACAUAUAUAGUCCGAUGUUAUAGGAUGUGCGGUUUGUUUAUGUAUUUCCAUACAAAAUGAGGUUAAAUGGCAGAGGUUAAUGGCAUUUAUUAGGUAAACUAUAUAGGAAUAGCUGCCUAUCUGUAUUCCCCCAACCCCCUAAUAAAUAUUAUUGUACACAUUUACAUAAUAUCUAUGAAAUAAAUCUGUACUUAGGGGGUAGGGAAUUGAUUUUAGGGAAUUGAUUUUACAGUUAAGAAUAUCUGGCUGCAAAAAGUUUAAGAAAUAAUUAAAGCAGAAUGUCUGUACUUUAACUUCAAUUUCAUGGUUUCCUUUAAAUCCAGUGAGAAGAACAAUCAGCAAUGUCCAAUUAUUUACAGACGGCAUUGUACUAUUGUCAUGUGCUGUGUUUUGUGGAAGCCAUUAACUGCAAAUGAAUCACAAAAGUGACAUAGUUCUUUCCCCACAGCAAUGAAGGCAAUAAAUGCAUCAUAUGGUGUUAUUAACAUGUCUUACACAUAAACUAAUACUAACAGGCUAUGUUGUGAGCAAAAUAGAUGCUUUAUUCCAUGUUGUACCAGUUCUUAAAUAGAAGAUAGCACUAUAUUAUUGUCAGGAUGUAGCCUGAUAUUUUAUGAUUAAACAGUGAAACAUUUUACAUUAUACAGAUAGAUAUAAAUGUUUGUAAUGAAUGUGGCCUUUAGUAUUAAUUUUGUGAUUAAAAAAAAAAACGAGCUACUUCUGUGCACUAUGAUGUAUUUAUUAAUUGUGCAAAUUAAGUUGCCUGUCAUAUACUAUGCAAAAGAAAUUAUAUUGUUGCAUAUUUUAUACUUAAAUGUAUUUGUCCUAUAUGCUGCAAUGUCUUCCACAGUCUCAAAAGGCAAAGCCUUUCAGU